ACACACAGACAUGCUCACGGAGCCUGUGCCUGCCUCUACUUGUCUGCUCUGGGCAGAUGGUUCCUGGCUUUUGGGUCACCUCAUCCUGCAGCCCAGUCCAGUUAGAACCUUUCUUCCACAGAGACUGGCAAGCUGUGGGGUAAGGGUUUUGGUAAGGCUGCCUGUCUUCAGAGCAUGAAGGACACUGCCCGGAGAGGGAAGAGGGCAACAUUUAGUGUUUGGGCCUACUUGUUGUUGGGCUCCCCACUGCCUCUCCUUUGCAGAGCUAUCACUGGCCCCUGGUUGCAAACUCUCGGUGGCUUUCAAGCCUACAAAACAAAAACUGAGAGGGUGUCCAAAAAGAGAAGAAGAAAACACUGUUGUUGGUCCUGGAUUCCACUGUUGGAUUUUGGCGGGGAUGAGAAGAAGGAAUUACCAGGCGUGAUCAACAAAGGUACCUGCACGGCUUUAAAGAAUGCGUUCCAGAGGCAGUGAUACCGAGGGCUCAGCCCAAAAGAAAUUUCCAAGACAUACUAAAGGCCACAGUUUCCAAGGGCCUAAAAACAUGAAGCAUAGACAGCAAGACAAAGACUCCCCCAGUGAGUCGGAUGUAAUACUUCCGUGUCCCAAGGCAGAGAAGCCACACAGUGGUAGUGGCCACCAAGAAGAAGACCUCUCAAGAGAUGACCUGUUAUUUCUCCUCAGCAUUCUGGAGGGAGAACUGCAGGCUCGAGAUGAGGUCAUAGGCAUUUUAAAGUCUGAAAAAAUGGACCUGGCUUUGCUGGAAGCUCAGUAUGGGUUUGUCACUCCAAAAAAGGUGUUAGAGGCUCUCCAGAGAGAUGCUUUUCAAGCGAAAUCUGCCCCUUGGCAGGAGGACAUCUAUGAGAAACCAAUGAAUGAGUUGGACAAAGUUGUGGAAAAACAUAAAGAAUCUCACAGACGAAUCCUGGGACAGCUUUUAGUGGCAGAAAAAUUCCAUAGGCAAACCAUAUUGGAGUUGGAGGAAGAAAAGAGAAAACAUAAAGAAUACAUGGAGAAGAGUGAUGAAUUCAUAUGCUUACUAGAACAGGAAUGUGAAAGAUGGAGUCUAGCUCUGCUGCUGAGGCUGGAGUGCAAUGGCAUGAUCUUGGCUCACUGCAACCUCUGCCUCCUGGGUUCAAGUGAUUCUCCUGCCUCAGCAUUCCAAGUAGCUGGGAUUACAGGCACCUGUCAUCGUGCCCAGCUAAUUUUUGUAUUUUUGUAG